AGGGGAUCUGGGCUGCGCGGCGCUGCAUUGCCUUUCCGAUAGGCCGCCUCGCUGUGCGCCCACCGAGUGAUGAGUUGUCCCCCGAGGACGGGCAAGGGCCUGCAGCGACUGAUGCGCUGCUCAUUGGGUUGCUCGUGUUUGGGCGUGCAGCAUCUCCGGAUCCAGUAUAGCCUGUGUUGCGGCCUGUCUUAAAGCCUCCGCGUCCUCCGUCUGCCAUCCUGCUCGUUUCCCUUUCUCCUUUUUCGCCCUCACUAUCUUAUCGAUCCCCUCCUGCCGCUGCAUAUAACCAUAUACCCCCCUGGGAGUCUGCUUGGAGAAGCAGUCUGAUAGAACGCAGAAUAGAAUACGCCCAGUUCAAUACCCAGGUCUAUCCUACUACCUCAAGAAAUAACGUUGGUUUAUAUUUCAUUCUACCUCUUCUUACCCCGGCCCUGCAUUCCCUCCCUAUCGGAAGUUGUACAUGUGCGAACUGGAUAGCAGUACUAACCGGUUUCUCCAGAUUUGCUACACAUAACUCAUAGGCUGAUAUAGCCCUUUCCGGGAAACAUAUCUCUGGUCUACUGGCCUUGACAGACCCCCAGCGCGAACCCACGGACUGUUUGGUUUCUAUAAUAUUUGGUCGUUCCAACCCGCCUCCCUCCCCCGCCUCUCUCGAGACAUGGCUCUGUUCCUCAGCAAUGACGAGCUGUUCGAUACGGUACUCUCCUCAUCUAGAGACGCUUUCUGGCAAGAACAUUCCCACCUCCCCGAACACCAUCGACAGCAACUCUGGAGCCAACGUUUGGAGCCGUUCAUGACAACCCCAAACCAGCAACCUAAUUACACUCACGUCAAGGGACCCAGCGUGGACGAGACAUCUGGCCUGUCUGGGAAACGGAGCUGCGAAGCCAUGAACCCCAACUCGACUUCCGGACGCCACACGAGCAAACGACGAGCUACCAGCCAGGAAACUACUUUGGAAUCCUCCAGCUGCAAUAGACCUCAGCCACAACAUUCGGUUUCCUCUCCUUCACGGAUCCCACGGUACUCACCGCCUCUUUCAAGGCCUGGCAAAUCCACACCAGAAACCGACAUCCUUCCACCCCCCACCAUUGUUCACGAAUCCGACGAGUCAUCCACUGGCCUUCCGUUCCUCCUGCCGACUUCAACUGCAUCGAAUUCUCCCGCGUUUGGUCUUGACCUUCUUGAACUCAACCCGGACCUCCACAGCUAUACGCCUGAUCUCUUCGACCAAAAGUUUCUGGAUGGAACUCCCGGCGCUCUCGAUAUUUCGACGACUGGAACUCCCAACCCUUCGCUUGACCAGAGCCCCUCCACACAGACAUCGAAGCUACCAGAAGUGGUCUCCUCUGGACCGGAUUGUGUCGUACCCAAACCCUCUGGCUUCAGUGCUGAGAUGAAUCGUAGUUUUACUACUGACUCAUUGUGUGGAGGAAUGGAUAUGAUCAGGUUCGGCUCGAACAGAUCGGUUUCCAACAAUCUGGAAUUUCCAGAUCAAUCAUCAGCAAAUUUCUUUGCUCCGUCAUUACAACAGGAAAAUGACACAAACUACCCCCUUUCCUUUAUCCCCACCACCACUACUACCCAAGCUCCCCCCUCUGACAGUAACAUGACUCAUGUUCAAAUUUCUCAGUCCUUGCCCGAGUACGGGUCUGGCUACUUUCCUUCCCCCCUCUCUACCCCACGCACCCAUUCUUCUUCUUUGCAUUCUUCGUUGUCGGCUUCAUCUACUGAGAUGAAGCCUUCUCUAUCGAGCGAGAGUCAAGAGUCCUCUCGCUCGAGCAACUCCAGAGCUCUGCGGAGGACACAUGAGCAGAUCAUGCAAGGUACACGAAAGAUUGCGCCUAAGGCUGCUGAAAAACAAGGUAUUCAGCCCGCAGCGACCGAGCACCGGAAGAUCAACAUUCCGGCAGCUGACGGUCGAUCUCGCGAAGUCGCUGUGAUACCUAAAGCUUCGGUUCAACGACCUGCUCGUCAAAAGACAUACUGCACAAUGUGUAACGAGCAGCCCGAGGGCUUCCACGGCGAACAUGAACUCAGAAGACACAUCGAUCGAUCUCAUUCUCAAAUACGCAAAGUGUGGAUCUGUGUCGAUAUAUCACCUGACAAGAAAUUUCUUGCCAACUGCAAGGCCUGCCGAAAUCAAAAACGGUAUGGUGCAAACUAUAAUGCAGCUGCCCACUUGCGUCGCACACAUUUUAACCCUUGCCAACGUGGUCGCGGGGGUCGAGGCAAGGACAGCGAGAAACGUGGGGGAAAAGGCGGUGGCACCCACCCACCGAUGGAUGUUCUGAAGCACUGGAUGGUGCAGCAGGAUGAGAUUGUCCUCGACAACACUACGGUCAUCGCCAAACCAGCAAAUAAUGACGUUGCUAGUGUCGUCACAAAACCACAAAUACCUCGCCGUACCUCAAACUCCAGCUCCACCUCCAGCGAAUGUGGCAGCACCGUUGCAGCCAUGAACGAUAACAGCUUUACCACCCUCGCUGAAGAACAACAACAACACUUGGCUGCCCCUGCUAUCGGCGCCAAAUUCGAUCCGUGCCUAACCACUAUCGAUCAACCCGGCUUCGAUCUCUCACCUCAAAUGCCAUUCAGCCUUGAUGACUUCACUGCUGCCUCGACUCCAUUUGAUUGGAGCGAUGGCAGCCACCCGGCCACUCUCGGAGGAGGGUAUAUUCCCAUGGGCCAGGGUAUCAUGAGUACCUAUGACCCGUCAUUUUAUCCUUGAUUGUGUACAGACGAGCAGAACAGCGUAGGCUGGCUGAUCGUCUGUCUUGCGUUUUUGUUUUCCUGUCAUACCGUAGAGCAUCUGAUCUACGACUUGACUUGAUUUCUAUUGCAACCUGUCCUUUUUACCAUUCUCAUUCAUGUCUGUUUUAUGUAUCUUGUUUAAUUGCUUUAUUGCUCAUUUACCUUGGAUGGAGAUUGCUACAUAUCUCCACCAACAGCUUUAUGGUUUGAAUCCUUUCUGGAGUGAUCACUGGCUACAGUGCAGUGGAAUAAUCUCACAGUUUCUUAUUUAAAUCUUAGGUUCCAGGAUAUAUUUCUUGUCGCUGGCUGUUGGUCACCUUGCUAUUCUUUGAGGCUUCGUAUCCUCCUUCCUCCUUAUUAUAUAAUAUUUAUAUUAUAUCGGUCAUCGUCACCCAGCCGCGUACCAUUUGGUAUGGCUGGAUGCUUUCUUUUUUUUCCCUCUAUAUUCUUUUUCUCUUUGACCAUGUAUGAGACAAGACUAUAUACAUCUGUAAUGCCAUGAAUGACUAGCGAGUG